UUUGUUGCAUUUGUUUGAAAACAAAAAACAAAUUUUUCAUUUUAAAUUUUUAAAAAAUAAUCUCAUUUUUAAAACAAAAUACAAUUAAAUUUUUACUAGAAAUGGAAGAAGUCCUCCAAGAAUCUGAUGAAAUCUUUAAAAAAAUUAAUCUCAUCGAAUCAUUCAUAUCAUUACAUCUUCGUCGUGACAAAAUCGAACCACAUAUCCAAGAAUUGGCCAACAAAACAGAAGAAGUUAAAUCUUUAAUUCAACAAUGUAAUGAAGUUAUGAAAUUUGAAUAUGAUACAGCAAUGAAUGAAUAUAAAUUAAUAAUGCGUAAAAUGCAAGAACAACAAAUUCAAUUCUUAGAUAUGCUAAUAGAAAAACGUAAAAAUGAAGCUACUAAAAAUGGUUCAAAUAGAAAUGAACCUUUGAAACAAAUAAAUGUUAAUGCUGCAGCAUCUGUAGGCUCUGAUGCUUUUGCUACUGAUAAAUCAUAUCUUUCGGUUAAAAAAGCACCUGGAGAUGGUAAAAUGUAUCUGGAAGAAUAUUUGCAAUCACCUUUUGUGAGGAAAACUAGACCCCUUUCAGUUCCUUUUCAAUUCAUGGAUUUCGAGGCCAAAAUAACCCCUGAAAUGUUUGAAACUAUUCCAAAGUACAUGCGAGGCCGGGAGACUGUAGAUGAACUGAAACAAUUUUUAGAUGCCAUCCUUGUACCCUGCUUCAAUGAAAAGUACCAACUUCUUCAUCGACAUAGAGACUGCAUCCGCAAUCACGUCGACUUGGACCUGUGGAAGGUUUACAAAGAUCAAGCCUCAUAUUUCCCAGGACAAAACUUCAUUACCCAAGGUGAUAUAUCACGAAAAAUUAACAAGAUGCUCGACAAGAAGUCACAAAACAAAAUCACAAUGCUCCGGCACUUGGGUAUACUGCAGGAGCAACGUAAGGCACAAACGGUUUGUUACAUCUGGACGGCAAACAAUAUUUGA